UUUUGUGCAGAUAUUUCGUUUCACAAACUCUAUAAAAUAUCUCUUUAGCUAUUCAUAUCAUUAAUUAAGAACGAUACAACGGUUAACAUGUGUAAAAGUUAUAGGAUAUAAUAUUUCUUGAUCGUUUGAUUCGCAUGAAAGGGCGGAUAGCGUUCUACAUAUUAAUCAUAGUUUAAAUAGUAAAAACCUGUUGCACUGUUUUAACAUACAUUACAUCUGAUUCUGAACAUGUAUUACAGUUUCCAUGUAAUGGAUUAACAUGUGGAUUUAUUAUUCAAAUACAGGAAAGUUCCAUGUGACUGUUAUGCGCGCUCAGUUCCUCUAAGAAAUAAAAUGGCAACAACUAGUAAAAAAAGUCGCCGGUUUAGACACAGAAUUGCUGAGGGGAACUUUCAGAAUUGGCUCAAAGCGUAUUUAGUCAUUAGCUUUGUAAAAGACGACAUCAAAACGUGCGUGUCAGAGAAAAUCAGCCUGUGGUUUGAAAAGUUAUUAAAAGAAAUCUCUAUAUCUAAAGGGAAAGAAAAGGAAAUUUGUACGGAAUGUAAGACGCAAAAUGUUCUGCAUUGUUCAACAAAACAUGUCUGUGUUAUGGACAAAACAAUGCAGUGUCAGUUUCAUAAUUCUGCAGAGAAGAAGUACAAGCCUUGUCCUAAAGGUAUCUGUAAAAGAAUUAAAGACAACAUCAAAGCGUUUCAUGCAAGUAAAAUACCGUCGUGGACUAACACACGAGCUGAAAGAUGGUGCCAAAAUCCAUGGGAGAUAGCGAAGUGUUUUAUGCCACCUAAUGCAUAUCUAAAUGCUGACUCUGUUGAUGAAACGGACCUUAAUGGAAUUUUGAGUGUCGUAAUCAAUCAUAAAGAAUUUAGAGAUAUAUUUGAAGAACAAGAAUGUGAAAUGGUAAGAGAAUUAGUGAAUAAGGUGAGGCACGCUCCAGAACUUCUUCUGACAACUGAAGAAUUAAAUGGCACCAUAGACACAUUGAGUAACUUCCUAUCAAGCUCCGUAUACCUGAGGACUUAUGAAAAAGCCAAGGAAGCUAUACAAAAAAUUGGAAAGUUAAAAUCUGCACAGCUGACAGUUUCGGCAAAUGAAAUUUCAACCAUUCUCCAAGAAGUGAAACAUUCCCAUACUUGUCAAAAUGUUACGAGAUUGCUGCAACGGGCAAUUGAAACUUUGAACGAAGAACGGACACAAGAGCAGGAGAAACUCGACAAAAUAUUCACGUUAUUAGAGAAUAUCGCAGACGCUUUAUUCAAUAUUCAACGAUUGUCGUCUGCACCAGUGGUGCAAAGAUCACAGCCAAUGACAGAAACUAUGUACCAAGAAAUUAAGCAAAAAAUGAAGUCAGAUCUGUUAAAGUUCAACAAGCAGCAUCACAGUACCAUUCCGUUAUCACCACUCUUUGAAGAAAACGACACCGCUCUGAUUGGCUUCUAUGUAUUUCCUAAAAUGAUGUUGACCGAUGUACAAACAUCUAUGUUUCGAGGCCGCUCAAAAGAAAGGAGAACGAAAAUUGAAUCCUUACAUGAUAUAUUCUUCAACAAUCAUGAAAGAUGUAAAGAAAUGUAUGUCACUGCGGACGCUGGUCUAGGAAAAAGCGUUUUCUGCAAACGACUAGCAGUGACAUGGUGCCAUUCUCAUCAACCAGUGAAAAACAGUUAUUUUGCAGAGCAGGAUUUUCAAACUUUGCAUGAGUUCGAGUUCUUCUUUCUUAUUCUUCUUAGAGACACAUGUAAAUCCGAAUGCGAAAUUGAAGAAAUGAUACAAAAGCAAGUAAUAUAUCACCUAGACCAUUCAAGUCUUUACACUGUCGAAGUCGUUGAGGAAGUGCUAAGUCGAGAGUCGUGUUUAAUUAUUUUAGAUGGGCUAGAUGAGUGGACACAUCCGCAAGGAACGCUCUCAUGCGAGGCUGGCUGUCUUGGCAUACCACAUAGAAAAUCAUGGGAAAUUCAGUGA